AUGUGUUUUAAGUUUAACCCCAACAUCAAGCCCUCCCAUAAAGCACCCUCCCACAACCCAUGUCUUGUUUUUGCAAAGUUAUAUCUGGACGAGACAAGGGCAAAAAUUGGAGAAGUCACUAAGAUCUUUACCCACAACAGCACCAUUGUCAUCAAAGAUGUUAACCUCAAGACCAAAGACAUGAAGAGUCGAGAAGAGGGAGAACAUGGCCAAAUUCUUAAGAUCAAAGCACAAAUCCACAGCUCGAAUGUGAUGUUGUAUUCAAAAGAAAAGGAGGUGGUAAGCCGGGUGGGUCAAAAGGUCCUUGAAGGUGGACAGAAGGUAAGAUAUCUUAUCAAAACUGGGGAACUUAUCGACACAAUUGAGCAAUGGAUAAAGAAACAACUCAAGUUUUCUGUUGCCUCCAUAUCUUAG